AUGUUCUUAUACCUUGGUGGUCGAGGCCAAGAUCAAGACGAUGCGACAAAAUCUCAUAUUCCAGCAUUAGGCGGUUGGAACUUCGGUGGAAAGGGAGGUAUUGACUUUAAUGAUGAUGUACAUCCUUAUGAACCAUUAGAAAGUGGUGCUGGUGGUGGAGGUUCUGUUGAUCUCCGUUUAAUGUAUAUUGAUAUAAACGAUCAAGAUGAUUUGAAUGAAAGUCUUCUUAAUGAAUCCCUUGAGAGUCGGAUCAUGGUAGCGGGAUCUGGUGGUGGCGCAGUUUCUGCAGAACCAAAUGAUUGGGGAAUGACUGAUGGAUUUCCAGGUGGAGGAACUGCUGCAAUUUCCAAUGGAUUAUACUCUUUAGGCGGUUCCCAAACUAAAGGAAUUUUUGGCAAAGGAAUGGACGGAAAGUCUUCUUUUUCUAAUCUUGGAGGUUCAGGUGGAAGUGGAAGUGGAUAUCGUGGAGGAUAUAUCAAUUUUCCUUCAACUACACAGGAUGGAUUUUAUUCUAUUGGUGGAUCUGGUGGAAGUUCAUAUAUAAGUGGUCAUUUUGGAUGCAUCAGUCCAUAUUUUAAGAACGAUUCAGAACCAACACCACUUAAUUCAUUCCAUGAAUCAGGGUUGUUCUUUACAAAUACCAUCAUGAAGAGUGGUAAUGAAGAAAUGCCAAGUCCAUACAAUUCCAGUGUUAUCAGAGGUCAUAUUGGCCAUGGCAUCUGCCGUAUUACUAUUCUUCGUCCAACAUUUUGUCCCUCGAAUACAUUUUGUUUUUCUAUUCCUCUUUCCAUUUUAUUUGUAUCACUCGGUUUUUCAAUAAAAUAA